UCGACUGUAUCUUUCUCUACAGUUGUGAUCAUGGAUUCCAGUAAAAUACUCGUUAUUCUUUUAUUCUUCUGUUGCUUCAAUAACAUUUACAGUUAUUUCACACUGCCAGGACAAUGUCCUGAUGUACUAUAUUAUUUGCAAGAGGAUUUUAGAUUGGCUGAUUUCUACGGAAAGUGGUACCAGUCCUACCACUACUCCAGCGAUGGGCAGAACCAGAACAACUGUUCCUCUAUGGAGCUGAUGACGAGACCUUCGGGAAUCUACCUGAACAUCUCCAGGGUAGACCGUGGGCUGUUCCACCGGUUCAGCGUCGGGAAGUUGGACAUACCUGUCAAGGUGGAUGAUGCGGCGAGGCUGGAUCUCAUAUUUGGAUUUAAAAACGCACCUCGACGAUUAAAAACGAGAAGAUAUCCGUUUCAUGUCCUGGCGACUAACUACAAAUACUACGCUACUGUAUACACUUGUCAGUACAGCCCUCUUAUUGAUAAACAUUAUGUGUACGUAUGGGUAUUGUCAAGACAUCACACACUCAACGAAGUUUCAAAGGAGUUAGCACUGAAGCCACUCAGGGAAAUUGGAAUCAAAGAUUCGGACUUACUAAAAGAUGAGUUCGAUAAAUGUGAACCGAAAUACUACGAAGACUUUCCUGCGGAACCUCUGACAUUUAGAUUUCCUGUACCCAUUUAAAUAAAUAUUACUGACAAUGUUUUCAACU